CGAUGAACCGGAUUCAACUCCAACGGAAACAACGACAAACGAACCGGACUCUACACCAACUGAGACGACCACAAAUGAACCGGAUUCAACUCCAACGGAAACGACGAUAAACGAACCGGACUCUACACCAACAGAGACGACCACGAAUGAACCAGAUUCUACUCCAACGGAAACAACUACCGAACAACCGGAUUCUACUCCCACGGAAACAACUACCGAUGAACCUGAUUCAACUCCAACGGAAACGACGACAAACGAACCGGACUCUACACCAACAGAGACGACCACGAAUGAACCAGAUUCUACUCCAACGGAAACAACUACCGAACAACCGGAUUCUACUCCAACGGAAACAACUACCGAACAACCGGAUUCUACUCCAACGGAAACAACUACCGAUGAACCGGAUUCAACUCCAACGGAAACGACGACAAACGAACCGGACUCUACACCAACUGAGACGACCACAAAUGAACCGGAUUCAACUCCAACGGAAACGACGACAAACGAACCGGACUCUACACCAACAGAGACGACCGCGAAUGAACCAGAUUCUACUCCAACGGAAACAACUACCGAACAACCGGAUUCUACUCCAACGGAAACAACUACCGAUGAACCGGAUUCAACUCCAACGGAAACGACGACAAACGAACCGGACUCUACACCAACUGAGACGACCACAAAUGAACCGGAUUCAACUCCAACGGAAAUGACGACAAACGAGCCAGAAUCUACACCAACAGAGACGACCACAAAUGAACCAGAUUCUACUCCAACGGAAACAACUACCGAAGAACCGGAUUCAACUCCAA